UAAUCUGUCGGAUGAGACUGCAAGUGGGUGUUGGUUGUUGCUAUAAAGAGAAGUGUUUCACACGUUGAGAACGUCAGAAAUAUCCUUUUUCGUCAUUGGCUUCAGUUCAUCUUGGCUUCUGCUUGCAUCCGCAGUAACCACUACGUAUUUGGUGAAGGAUUUUCUCGGUUAUUGUGGCUCAGGUAAUGCAGUCGAGCAUACAUUCGGGUGCAGGAGGGCAUGGCGGAGGGCACAGCAUUGUGUGUAACUCACCAUUGCCGUCUCUGUCGACACACUUGCACGCCGUUUGCAUUCCCAAAUAUAAGGGAAUCAGAUAUCGUCCAGAAUUGGGUCGGUACAUCUCAGAGAUUCGUCCCGCCCAGCCUCGCAAGCGCAAGAUCUGGCUAGGAACGUACAAGACAGCUGAGGAAGCCGCGCGCGCCUUCGAUGCGGGCAUCUUCUACACGAAGAAGCCCAUUAACUACAAUUUCGAAGACUCUCCAUCCAUCCUCGAGCCUCUACCGGAGAAUCUAACCCCUGAGGAGGAACACGUCGAGAUUCAGAAGAAAGCUAAGGCUGCGGCUGCUAGGGUCCAAGCCACACAAGUGAUGCUUGAGACCAAACCCCCCCGGAAUUAUGUGUCUGACAUGACGGAACGCUUUCAUGAGAGCCAGAUGUACUGCGCCAAACCUCACGAACCACCUCGAGAAAUCCAAUUCGCGGUUGUCUUAGACAGGUGAGUGGAGAGCCACCCGAUUCGGAGAGUUUGUAGGUUAGGGGACCCAAGUGAUCAAGUUCCACCAAACUGGUCAAGCUUCGGCAUGAAGUGUUCAAAAGCUUGUAUCGGCAGAGACAGAGAGUUGAGAUGAGAGCUGUAAGUAACUGGUCUGACAUCGUUUGCUGAGAAUUGAGAGGUAGUGGCAUCUUUGAAUUAGCCUCUAGCGCACACAACACCCGCUGAUUAGUUGAGAAAAGGAAUUGCCUGUUCACGGAAAAAGCGUAGUGUAGAUCCGUAGCAUUGACUGCUCACGCUUAGGAUCAAUUCAAUCGAGUCACAAGAACUCACUUCCAAGUCAAGCACCACCCAUGAUUCAAUCGACGAAUCAUGGAGAUUGUAAACCCAGAGCUAUCCUUACGAGACGCAUCAUGUUGCUCCGACACAGAUCUUUGCAUCCUUGGAAGCUUUUUGGUCCGAUUGAUCCGACUGUCCAGAUAGACAACUCUCCGGCGCGGAGACCAUAUUGGUUGCUGCCACUGAAUAAAGCCAUGUAUGAUCCUGAUGUACAUAUUCCUCAGAGCAAGAUUGUAAAUUCGGUUU